GACAUCUAUUAGUUAUUAAAUUCGAGCUUCCAUUCUUUGUUUCCUACCUCUUCUAACGUAAAUGGGUAGUCAAAAUGUGUCCAAGAUCUUAGUUAUUGGAGCAACGGGUUACAUUGGGAGGCACCUCAUUCAAGCAAGCAUUAAGCUCGGCCACCCUACCUUUGCUCUUGUGAGUGGCAGCGUAACCAGCAGAUGUUCCGCCGGUAACUUCUUAGUGGUGAAUUUUCUAGCGGAAAACCUGCCGAAAAGACUACUGGUUUUUGUAAAACUGGCGGUAAGUUCCGGCGGAAAAAAUGCGCUAGAAGUUAUCUGUGGAACUUCCAGCGGAAAAUUUAAAUCUGCCGGCUUAUUUAAACCCGACAUAAUAGUUCCGGCGGAAUUUCAGCAAAUAUUUCCAGUGAAAAAUCCGUCCGAAAACCCGCCGGAGAAAGCCCUAUCUUCCUUCCGCUAUGGUCUUCCUUCUCAUUUCCCUCCUGCUUGUUUCGGUUCGCUCCCACUAGUGUCAGUUGCCUCCAGCCAAACGUCGGAACAAGUAUUGCAUCUCAGUACUGCUCAGUACCGCAGUUCGGUACUACUGACGUGGUGCAUUAAUCUGGGUGAGUUGAAUGAUCAUGAUUGGUUGGUGAAUAUGAUCAAGAAGGUGGAUGUAGUAUUCUCAUUAUUAGGCCAUGAACCCAGCAUACAACUUGAGGAACAAACUCGCAUAAUAUCAGCCAUAAAAGAGGCAGGAAAUAUUAAGAGAUACUUCCCAUCUGAGUUCGGAUUUGAUGUUGAUAGAGUUCAAGUUUUGGAACCUGCAAAAAGCGUAUUAGCAAUGAAGGUUAAGAUAAGAGAAGCUAUCAGAAAGGAAGGUAUUCCUUUCACCUUUGUGUCGUGUAACUUCUGUUGCACCUACUUCCUUUCAAGACUUGGGCAGGUAGAAGAAACUACAAUUCCUGACGAGAGAGUUUUUAUCCUCGGAGAUGGAAACACUAAAGUUGUAUUUGUGGAUGAACAUGACAUUUCGACGUAUGCCAUCAAAGCAGCAGACGAUGAAAGAACUCUAAACAAAGUCCUCUACAUAAGGCCUCCUGCAAACAUCUACUCCCAUAAUGAACUCAUUUCUCUUUGGGAGAAGAAGAAAAAUAUAACCCUCGAAAGAAUAUAUGUUGCUGAAGAAGAGGUCCUUACAAAAAUAAACGAAUCCCCUGAGCCAUUACCUUUCUUUUAUGCAAUUGCUCAUGCUGGCUUCAUUAAGGGAGAAACAAUAAAUUUUGAUAUAAAUCCAACAGUUGGAGUUGAGGCUUCCCAACUAUACCCAGAUGUCAAAUACACUACUGUUCAAAAUUUUAUAGAUCAAUUUCUAUGAGCUGCAAAUUAUUCAAAAUAAGCCAACUUCCUACCAGGCAAAAAACUUUAUUUUGGUUGCAACUAUUUGGGUAUUGAACUUAAUGCAAAAUAAUGUGGUG